AGAUACCAAGGUCCGUCUGAAAAUAAAAAUCCUGUGGAUUGCACACGAAUCUCUCUCUGUGACACCGACAAUAUUUGCAUAGCGAUUAUAGAAUCGGAGAUGAUGUGGAGGGGCACUACCAGUCUCGCGUAUUUAAAAGAAAACCUCAACAAAAUCGCUUUGGAUGUUCACGACGACGACGAGCAGCAACCGGAUCAUAACUAUUCUGAUCGAAGAUAUUCUCUUUCCAAUGGUCUUCAUUCAACUUCCGAGAUUGAACAAUACAAAGAAGAGAUCAAGAGACUUCAGGAAUCUGAGGCACAGAUCAAGGCACUAUCGGUUAAUUAUGCAGCUUUACUUAAAGAGAGAGAGGAUCGUAUUUCUCGUCUGAAUGAUGAAAAUAGUUCAUUGAAGAAAAACUUUGAUGCAUCUAGAAGCGAGAGUACAAAAAUGUCAGGGAAUAGCCCACUAUCCAAGCAGAAAAGCCGUUCUUUUGGAAAGAGAGUACAGAAUGGUGUCACAUCGAAAGAAGAUGCAUCAGGAAAUGGGGUUGCACGCUCAGUACAAUCCACCAAUAAGAUGGGACGUUCGAGCUCCGAAAGCAAUGAAAAGGAGCUAUCUGAUAUACCAGAGGAAAACAGCAGGUCUCUCUCAACACUGCAGUCAAAGCAUGAGCAACAAAUAAAACAAUUACGUGAAGAACUUGACAAAGAACGUGGAGAGCUGGCAAGUUUGCAAAUCAUAUUCCAAGAGGAACAGAAGGUGAACAAAUCUUUGCAGGAGGAACAUAAUUCCUUGAAGGCGGAUAAAAAAAAUAUGUUAGCAGAGAUGACCAAAAUAAGAGAUGAGCUGGACAGAAAGUUAUCUGAAAUAAGAUAUCUGCAGAUGGAGUUGAAUAGAAAGGAAAAUGCAGAAGCAAAUGAUGUUGCAGAGGGUCUUAAAAGAAUAGUCGCAUCCUUGGAAAAAGAUAACAAUGAUCUUAAGAUGGAGAAAAAUGAACUCAAGGUUGCUUUGGAAGUUGCUGGUAAAUCGUUGUCCCCGAAUGCUAAUGGCGCACACGAGGUAUCAAGAAGCUUUAUUGGUAAAGAAGAAAUGGAGGCUUCCUUGCAAAAGCUGGAGAAAGAUUUGAAAGAGACUUCUCGGGAAAAGGACAAAGCCUUACAGCAACUGAAUCGCCUUAAGCAACAUUUAUUAGAAAAGGAGUCUGAAGACUCUGAAAAGAUGGAUGAGGACAGCAAGAUCAUUGAAGGACUUCGGGAAAAUAAUGAAAGUUUAAGGGCACAUAUAAGAGACUUGGAGAAAUCUCUGAAUCAGGCAAUUGCAGGACAAGAAGAGGUUAAGACCACGAACAACUAUGAACUUCAGAGGUCAAAGGAAGUUAUUGAUGAUCUUCAUAAAAAAGUGGCCAGCCUUAGGAGCACAGUAGAUGCAAAAAAUGUUGAACUUUUAAAUCUUCAAACUGCUCUUGGUCAGUAUUAUGCAGAAAUAGAAGCCAAGGAACAUUUGGAAAGGGAAUUGGCUUCUGCAAGAGAAGAAUCUAUUGCACUUUCUAAACAAUUACAGGAAGCAUUUCAACAAGUGGAGAAAACAAAGCAGGAAAAGGAGUCGUCAUUGGAGAAACUUAUACAGGCUGAGAGACUGCUCGCUGAAGGAAAAGGGAGAGUCAAUAAGCUAGAGGACGACAAUAACAAGUUACGCCGUGCUCUUGAGCAGAGCAUGACUAGACUGAACAGAAUGUCGAUGGACUCUGAUUUUUCUGUUGACAGGCGUAUUGUGAUCAAAUUGUUGGUGACUUACUUUCAGAGGAACCACAGUAAAGAGGUUUUGGAUCUUAUGGUACGCAUGCUAGGAUUCUCUGAAGAAGAGAAACAGAGAAUUGGGCUUGCUCAGCAAGGAGUGGGUAAAGGUGUAGUUCGCGGAGUUUUUGGUCUACCUGGUCGUUUAGUCGGUGGCAUUUUAGGAGGAGCCCAAACUGAAAAUCCAGGAAAUAUGGUAUCAGAUAAUCAGUCAUUUGCCGAUAUGUGGGUUGACUUCCUUCUCAAAGAAGGUGAAGAAAGGGAAAAGAGAGAAUCCUCACAAAACGUUGAUGGAUCAAGAGAAGGUACAAGUCCAAUUAGCACAAACGAUGCUUUGUUCCUGGCAGGACAACGUAAUUCAGAAUUUUCAACUGUUCCUCUGGCCUCACCAGAUAGCAAUCCUCGAUUCUCAAGACCAAUUCCCAGAUAUACUAAUUAGAAGGGUUUUUGGUUUGUGUAGUUUAAUUCAUAUAGUAAUGUUCAAUUUAUUCUUUAAUUUACAAAGUGUAAGGGUGUCCUUGAUAUAUAUAUUGACGAUAUAAAGAUCUUGCAUCAUCAAAUGCUCGUUUGUACAUUUCAGAAUGAUGAUACAUGAAAAGUGUUUUUUUUUGUAAA